CAGUCGUCUUUUCUACGUCACAUCCGGCGUCUCUGCCGGUUUACUGCUAUUACAUGGAGAUGGCGGACAGCACACUUACAGUGACUGUUUCUCAUGGAAGCUCCAAACACAACAUCUCUCUAACAGGACAGGAUGGAAGUGAACUUACAGUUAAACAUCUAUCAGAAGCUCUGGCACAAACCACUGGAGUCCCACAAGCCUCUCAGAAAAUCAUAUUUAAGGGGAAAUCCCUGAAGGAAAUGGAGGAAAGUCUGUCCAGCCUUGGAAUAAAGCAAGGAUGUAAACUUAUGAUGAUUGGGAAAAGGAAUAGUCCAGAGGAGGAGGCUGAGCUGAGAAAGCUGAAAGACAUCGAGAAGUCCGUGGAGCAAACGGCCAAGAAGUUGGAGAAAGUAAACGGCGAACUGACAGGACUGAAAAAUGGCUUUUUAGCGAAGGAUCUACAAGCUGAAGCUCUUAAUAAACUGGACCACCGAGUCAAAUUGGCUUCUGAGCAGUUCAUGAAGAUCCUUGAGGACAUUGAUUCUUUGACUGUGCCUGAAAACUUUAGCGACUGUCGGAUGAAGAAAAAGGGACUUGUAAAAACCGUACAGGGCUUCCUUGCCCAGUGCGACAAGAUUGAAGCGGGCAUAUCCGAUCAUCUGGCAAAGAUUCAGAACAAAAAUCUAGCCCUGUCCGAAUAGCAGGAAGUAAACCAUUAUUCAUAUUUGCUCUGUGAGCGAAUGAAGAACAGUCCCACUGAGCUUCAGUACUGGAGCAGGUUCAAUCGUGUUUAUUUAUGUAUCCGUCCUUUAAAGGGCAGCGUCAAAAACCUGUCACAGUGAUCUGGAUUUUAAAAAGCUCAAAUGCAGAAACUCAAAAGUGAUCUCUAUGGUUUCUUUAAGACCCGUGGGUAUACCAGGUAGCGUCACUCGAAGUCAUUUGUAAACCUUUUAAUGACCAGGAAUAUACAAUAGUUUGUGUGUAUAGUUAUUAGAAAUUGAAUUAGAUUAAAGGGGUGGUCCAAACAUACACGGUGCUUUAAUUCUAUUCUCUCAACAGUGUAUUUUGGUCGGCUCAGCGCUGGGAAUCAUGAGGAACUGACUUUUAAAACGAUAUAUACCCCAGAAAACCAGAGCACAACAAUUACAGUUGCUAUAGCAAUGGAUCCUGAGCAGGGGGAUGAACAUUGUUGCAGGUUUAUUAUGCUUUCCAAUAUCUUUCUGCUUUACCAGCCUUAUUAUGUGGUGUGUGUGUGUGUGUGUGUGUGUGUGUGUGUGUGUGUGUGUGUGUACACAGCUUGUACUGUAAUAAAUUUGCUGUUGUAAAUCGAGGAACUCCAUCACGACAAAUGGUGUCGCCAUCAAACGUUAGGAAUUCCAAAUCACGUCACCAUGUUCGUGCAAGUUAUUUCGCUGCUGGUGAUAAAAUGUUCCUUUUGAUAUGCGUGAAAAUAAACCAUUAAUCGUGA